UCUAUGUUAAAGGGAAUCUAUGACUUUUAUAACUAAAACGUUUUCGUUUUCCUUUAUCAAAUUGCGAAUUGUAAUCGGCAAUAAAAGAGUUAUGUUUCAGGCUUAGCAGACAUGUGUCUCCCACGUAUUGUCAAGAUUGUGACAUGCCGGCCGACCCGUGAUCUGAUGAAAGAAAACUCAGAACCCUUGCCCGAUUUAUCCGAUGACGAGUUUAUGCAAAUAUUCCAUCUCAAGAGAAACAUUGUGAAGGAGCUUAUCGAAGAACUUCGCCCAUUGAUUCCAAAUCCACGUCGAAGUGAUGGCGUACCCCUUACUGCAAAGAUUCUCAUAACGCUGGCGUUUUACGCCUCGGGCUCAAUACAAACGCUAGUGAGUAAGAGCCCUGUUCACAAUGUAUCACAGGCUACCGUAUCUAGAGCAGUAAAGCAAGUCACAGAGGCAUUUGAUCAAAUCUAUCACAAAUAUGUCAAAUGGCCCACCCAACGCAGUGAGAGGCUACUUAUCAAAGCCAAGUUCUGUAACAAAUUCAAAAUCCCUGGUGUCCUAGGUUGUAUAGACGGCACACAUGUGGCUAUACUAAAACCCUCAUAUAAUAGUCAAUUAUAUAAUAAUGUUAAGGGAUCUCAAUCUAUCAAUGUCAUGAUUGUUUGCGAUUCUGAUUUAAAUAUUCUAUGUACGAAUUCAAGUAGUCCGGGAUCCACGCAUGAUUCAAUUGUAUGGGAGAAUAAUAUAUUGUGCAAGGAGUUGAAUCAACUUCACGAUGAAGGUGAACAAGGAUUUUUAUUAGGUGAUUGUGCAUAUCCGCUUAGAAGAACAAUGAUGACACCGAUAUUAAAUACAAGAGAAGGGACUCCAGAACAUGCAUAUUAUUUACUGCAUGCUGCAGCUCAUAGUACGAUUGAACGAUGUAUUAGCGAUUUAAAAUCACGUUUCAGGUGUUUGCUUCUAGCGCGAUCUCUACAUUACAGUCCCGCAGUUGCGAGCAAAAUUGUAAAAGCCUGUUGUAUUUUGCACAACAUUGCUAACGAGGCAAACUCCCCAGUACCUGAGAUGACGUUGGAGGAAAUAAGAACAGAAAAAUUACGCACGCCUCAGGAUGUAUGUUUAAAUGAACUGGAAAUGGCUUUGGAAGGAAACGGUAGUCCAAGUCGAGCACUGCUAGAAGGAGAGGAAUUCCGACAAGCACUUAUAAAUAGACUGUGGAUGGAACCAUGACGACAACAAAUUUAAAUUUUCUUAUAAUUAUAAUAUCUAUUUCAUUAUAAAUUAAUGUAUGUUUGAGAACACUUUGUAGGAUGCUUCUUGUUAAAAAAAUCAUUGUCGUUUAGAAAAAAUUCUCACCUUUAUAAAUAAAAAAUAAAAACACUUUAUUAAUACAAUAAGUUGAACAAUAAUCAUUGGGCUCUGCCUCCUGAGCUAGGUGGGGACCUGUAUUACAGGAGGCUUUAUGAAUAGAUGUAUUCAAAAGUACAUAAUUGUAUGUUUUACUAUUAUGAAAAAAAAAAUAAUACUAACUAAUAUCGCAUCGGUACGUUUUGACGAGAAAAAAAAUAAAGUUUGUUUAGCAUUUGUGGAAAAUUUUUUAUUGUUUUGAACACCUUUUCAUGUUGUGUUUACAUCAAACUUGUGUUGGAGUAGAAAUUCUUUUUCAGAUGUUUCUUUUAUUCAUAGUAAAACAAAAAAAUGAAUGUUGAUUAAUAAAAAAUUGAUUAUCUAUCGACUAAUUCGAAAGUUCUUUCAGAUGUAAAGUAUGAGUUUAUUAAAACAAGAAACACGAGGAAAAAUCGUGUACUUCUAGUAAACGGGUAUUCUUUCCUAUCGAAGUCCAAAUGCAAUUUUUGGUACUGCAGUUCACGGGGCUCGAGGAAUUGUAAGGCAAGAACAAAGAUUGUUGACGGACAAAUUCAGACCGCGGAAUUAGAACAUAAUCAUAGUAAGCCGAGAUUUUUCAAAAAUGAUAAUGGAACAUAUUACAGGAUCAAGACCUGAAUGAAGUAGUGAAUGUAAUUGUGCCAUUCAUGUAGCAAUUUGCUGUUUUAAUCUCCAUUUCACGUCGGCUUUCUGAAAUACUCUAUUUAGAACGCGUGCAUUGGAUGUUCUCGCUUUAUGUAACAGUAGUGUAAACUCCGUAUAACGUUGCAUUCGAUCGAGUAUUGCGACGUUAUAGAGAGUGGGUGGUAAAUGAGAAUUAAAAAAAUACUAUUCUAUAACAUGUGCUAUAGCAUUUUCUAAUCUAAAUAAAUGAAAUAAAAUAAAUAAAACCGACCUUAUUGUCACCUUAAGAGUGAUAUUACCAAAUAGGAUUUCUUUUCUUAUUGGGUCGAUUGAAUCCGGAUCAAUGAAUCGGCCCAACAGUAAACAUUCCAUGGUUACAGUUUUUAUAAUUAUAAUCGACAAAGCACUUCUCUAUUGUUUAUGUUAACUUUUUGAUGCUAAAGAGAGCCCGCGAUGUUGUAGAAUUUAUUAUUAUAUGGAAAAUAAAGCGGACUAACACAUACAUCGAGUUACAUCGAGUAAUGUUUAAGGAAUUUAUCCUGUUUGUAUUUUUACAAAGGCGCUUCUGUAAAAGACUAAUUACGAUUUCAUUUUCAGAUUUAAAAAUUGAGUUCAUUAAAACACCACAAUCGACGAAAAAUCAUCUAAUUUUAGUCAACGGAUAUACCUUUAAAAAAACUGUCCGUGAUAUCUGGUAUUGUAGUUCGAGAGGUUCAAAAAAGUGUCAAGCAAGAUUAAAGCUGAAAGAUGGAAGUAUACAAAUCAUAUAUUUAGGGCACAAUCAUUGUCGGCCUAAGCUUUAUAAAUAUGACAAUGAAAUGUAUUGUCCGAUUAAGAGUUAGGUUUAGAGGUAAUAAGUGUGGAUUUCCACAGAAACAAUUGUGUGUAAAAAACAAUAAUUAAAAGUAAAGGUAACUAAAUAAGUAAUAAAUAAUAAAAAUUCUUUAUUGAUCCAAAACAGUUUUGUACAGUUUGUGGGACUCUGUCUCCUGAGCUAGUAAUGACUGUGUUUCAGGAGGCAGCGCCUUCUUUUAACGAUAGUCUUGCGCAAUUUAAAACUAAUUUAUCGUGAGAGUAACUAGUUUAUCGUGAGAGUUAAAAUAACUAAGAACGACUAAACUCACGAUUGUCCGAUGUACCGACUAGUUUAUGGUAGAGCCUUUCAAGUGUCCAUCUUCAGCGUGUUUGUUUUCCUGCAAAACUAAUCGGUGCCGUUAUUCGAUCAUAGGUGGGUAAAGCCGUUCUUGAUUCAUCGAUGUAAAGGUAAAAGUUUUAAUUGAAAACCAUCGGCAGUGAAUUUUUGCAGUUAUGAUUUUUUAGAUGUUUGCGAAAGUCCACCCCUGUACGGUACAUGAAUUAUUCUGGAUUAACAUUGCAUGAAAUAUACAUUUUAUUUUUUUGUAGAUAUUUUUAAUCAGAUUAACAGAUUUACCUUUCGUUAUAUUCGAAAAGUCAUACAAUUAGAAUGAGUAAUAAAAAAUUUGGUAAAUUAAAACAUCUUGCAUUUUCGGGUUAUGUUAGACAUUAUCUCAUUAGAACCUUGGUGGUCAUGAACGAAACUGUUUAACCCCGGGAAUUCUAGAACAAAAUAUUAUAUAAUAAAUCGAGGCCAAAAGGGAAUACAAUGAACAAUUGUGAAAUCAUUGUUAAUACUUUUUAUUAACAGUAAUUAUUAUAAAUAGGUAAUUUUCAGAUUUGUUUUUAAUAAUUUCAUUAUUCGACAUUUAAAAAUUAACAUCUUACAGUGAUAGGACGUAAAGCAUUUAAAAGUCUUAUGCUGGGUUACUGAAGUUUCUAUUUAUUUUAUCGUUACCUAGUGAUUCAUUAGUGUUACAUUGACCUAUGUUUUAAUAAAGCAAAACUCAAAUUACGUAGUUCGGAAACGCAUUUCAUGAAGUUAUCGAACCAAAAACGCUAACGACUGGUUAAAAUUAGGUUGGAAACCGGCCAUCACAUUGUAAUAUUAAAAUUGAUUUACAGGUAAGAUUGAAUUUGACUUUGUCCACGUGUAUAACUGCAAGAAUCGUAUGCUUAUCGCACAGAGACACAAGUUUGCACAGACAACGAGUGACGGCCGCUACUGGAACUGUAGCAAAAAAGGCUCCUUAAAAUGCAAGGCUAAGUUGAGAUUUGAUUGUGCUGGUAACCUCGUAUAUUACAAUCUAAAACACAACCACAACCCUCCAAAAUUCUAUCGAGAUGUUAACGGCGAUCAAGUUUUUCUGUAGCUUAAUUUUUUUUUGGAAAAAUAUUUGAUUUUAUAACAUUUUUUUUAAUAAUUUAUUUUUAUUCUA